AUGCCACAGCGCGCCGAGCGACUGCGCAGCGCCCAGUCUGCACACGUGUACCGGUACAAGCGGUUACAGCAGCAGGUGGCGGAGGAGGCGAAGAGGAGGGAACAGCAGAGAAGAAGUAAGCGCUUGAAGAAGAAGAAGAAGAAGAAGCAGAAAAAACGACAGCAGCAGCAGCAAGCGAGGGAGGAGAAAGAGCAGCAGAUGAAGCAGGAAGCAGAACAGAACGAAACACAAACACAAGACCGCCGCCGAUCAAGUGGUGGUGGCGGUGGUGGUGACAGCGUGUGGCAGGAAGGACGCAAGCUGUUUGGGCUGUUUCUGAACCGACAGGAGGGCGGUGGUCGCUCGCCCACCGCCACCAGCGGUGAUCGGGGCGAUGUGCGCGGUGUGGGUGGUCGUCGUGGUGGUGCAGGGCGCGCACAAGCGUCCCCGCCGCCACCACCCAACACACGUCAGCGCACCACAUCGGGUGAUCGGACCGGGCAUCCGGCGGCGAGACGCUCGCCAUCAUUUGCAUCCAGCCGCGGGCCAUCAGCAGCUGGUAGAGGCGGCGCGUUUGGUGUCAGCGCAUCAUCGUCGGCGCCUGUGCUCACGACAGGGCGCUCGGCUUCUGCUGGGCGCAGAGGUGCAGCCACGCCCACACACGCAAGCGCACACGCACAGGCGCAAAUAACGUCGAGGCUGCAGCACAAGACCUACAGCACCAGUGGUGGUCGCGGUGGUGGUGGUGGCGGUGACAAUGAUGAUGACAGCAGUGCUCAUGGCGGUGACAAUGAUGAUGACAGCAGUGCUCAUGGCGGUGAUUAUGAUGAUGGCGCGUACGGAGGUGGUGGCGUGGUGGCUGGCGACUCGAUUGUGAACGUGCUGCAGAACGUGUCAGCGCAUGCGCUUGAUGAUGGCCGGCUCCGGUUUGGGUGUGUGCGCCGCGGACUCCCCUUGCACGGCCCGACCCUGACCCGCCACACCAUGUGCGGGCGUGUCGUUGCCUCGCUCAUCAAGCACUACCUCGGCCUUCGCGACAUUCAGACUGUGGCCGCGCUGUGCUCCAUGUGCGCCGCCUACCACACAGACAUCUUUCCGCUCGGCAAAUUUUUAUUGCCGCAGCGCGAGUGCGAGCGCGCGUUUGUGGCGAUGGUCGUGUACGCGGAGUUUCUUCGGCGCCACGGACACGAGGCAAAGGCAAUCGAGCUGAAGACGGCUGUACGGCUCUUGCUCACACUCAACGUUUCAGCACACGGCAUCCUCCACGAGUGGGAAGUGGAUGCAAGUCUGCUGCCCACCUCAACGCUCAAGCCGCGUGGCAACCGCGAGCAGCCGUGUGUUGGGCACGGGCACGUGACGCUGCACGCCGACGGAGACGUGCUGUCUGAAGUGGAGGAGGAAGAGGAGGAGCUGAUGAGUCGACAGCUCACGGAAGGGCCCGGCGAUGACAUUGCGCUCGGCCGCUUCAUCUGCACCAUCUGCAGGUUGCCGUGCCAGCGGUCGCUGCUCGUGUGUCCGGACUGCGGGCACGGCGGGCACGAUGAGCACGCCCGCGUGUGGCUGGAGCGACGCGGGGUGUGCGCCGCCCCCGGCUGUCGGUGCAUGUGUCUGACGGGCGGAUACGCAGAGAGUGAGGAGGAGACGGAUGAGGAUGAGACGGAGGAGGAGGAAGAAGAGAAAGCAGAUGAUGAUGAUGAUGAGGAGGAGGAGGAGGAGGAAGAGAAAGCAGAUGAGGAGGAGGAGGAGGAGGAGGAGGAGGAGGAGGAGGAGGAGGAGGAGGAGGAGGAGGAGGAGGAGGAGGAGGAGGAAGCAAAGGGGGAAGAAGAGAGAGAGCAAGAACCCCUGGAAGAAGAAGAGGAAGAAGUGAACGAGCAAGAAGAGGAGGGAGAACAACCGAACACACAAGUGGCCCAGCACGAGGCGAACGAAGAAGAUGAGGGUGAGGAAGAACUUGGCGAAGGCGACGGCGUUGAAGAAUCGAAAGAAGAUGAAGAUGGAGACAUGAAAGAGGAGGAGCUGGAGGAGGAGGAGACAGACGAAAGUGAGGUACAUGGAACUGUGGCUGAGCCAACGCAAGACGAGACAGGUAAAGGACAGAGACAGGACAGAGCGCCGUCCGAUGACCUGCACACAGCCGUCGCACACACGGAAGAAGAAGAAGAAGAAGAAGAACAACAACAACAACAACAACAACAACAACAACAACAACAACAACAACAACAACAACAACAACAACUGCAGGAGGCGACUGCAGCUGACAUGCCUGGACAAGGGGGCAACACAGCGGCGCAACGGGAAGAUGAAACCAAACCAAGAGGCAGCCAGGAUGUGUCGUGA